AUGGAUUUUUUUGAAAAAAACGUUGGUGAAUGGACAUGCAAGAAUGUCUUAAAUCAUUACAAAGAAAAUGAUUCACAACUUACUCUCAAGCAAGCACUCGAUUCGAUCAAUAAGGAUCUCAAACGAAUUUCAAAAUAUGACUCUGAUGCAAAAUGUAGAGAAAAAGCAGAGUCUAUAAUCGUCAACUGGAAG